AUGUUCCUCUUUCAAAUCCUCUUCCUCGUCUACUACACUCUGGUCGUUGCGGAUGUUCAACAUCGUACCAUAAGUUUCUCUGAUUCCUUACUCCAGUUUUCUUCUGGAUGGCUUGCUACUCAUGAGCAGCUUUCUGGCAAUAUCUUCUUCACUUUCAACGAGGCAAGUGUUGUUGCUCUGAAGGGGACUCUACCAAAUUCUACUCAAAGAUUUGAGUAUAUUGGACUGAGGAGGGUGGGGGGAUCACAGUAUGGUGUAUGCCUCAACUGCGACGAGGAUGACUCUUCAAUACUCCUUGUUGACGGCCACGAUGGCUCGUUGCAGAGCGAUGAACAAUCCACUUUGACGAUUAUAUUCUCACUAGAGGUCGAACGCGACAGACAGAAUACAUUCGUCCUCUUCAACCUGCCUGAUGAUAGAUUCGAUGGCCGCAGUAGCAUUACUUUCCAAUCGCUGGUGGUAACUAUUGACGGUGAUAUCGACGGUACUCCUGAGUCUGUGUCAAGUUCAUCAGGUAUCCAAACGAGCUCCUCUACGAUAUCGACGACUUCGACACGACCGUCAUCUGCAUCACAAAUUUCAGUAACUCAAGUUACGGCCGGAAAUGCACCCUCUUCGUCCUCAGAAACAACAGUGUCUACUCCCACCGGGGGCAUGCGAGGUUCUAUCGUUGCCAUCAUAGUGGUUUUCACUGUGCUUCCCGUAGGGUCACUCCUUGUAGGCUUCUACUUUUAUAUGCGUCAUUGUAAGGCCCGUCGAAAAUCCCGAUCGUCCGAUUUCUUCACGUACAACCCCAAUCCGGUAGGAAGGAGGUUCCCAAGCUUCAGAGCAUCAAGAAUUGUCUACGCGCCAACGACAGCCUGA